UGAACCCCAGGGGUGCUCCUCCACCAUGUGCGGGGCUGGCUCAGGGCCAGGUGUCCGUGUGUCCCCAGCAGGACACUGGCCUGGAGGCUGCUGGGGGAGGACAGACCCCGCCAGCCAGCCGUGCCGUGGGUCUGGGGUCUGUCCUCCGGGAGGAGAGUAGAGCGGAGGCUGCCGCUCUUCUUGGGAUUUCCUGCGGCCCCGUGGGCCCCAGGGUGGGGUGAGUGAGCAGGAGAGUGGGGAGCCCCAGCCUGGCCUGCCCACCUGGUGCCCCUCGGGGCCUGGCCCUGUCUGGCACCUCUGCCCUCCUCCAGGCCUGUCCCCCUGCAGCCCGGGAGCUGUUGACGGUCUGGGCCGGUCACUCCCUCUCACAUUCUCACCCAGCUCCAGGGAGAUCGUCAAGGACAGUCUGACAGUCGGGUCACAGGCCACACUUCCUAUCACCCGUGAGGAGAUAGGCAGCUGGGCUGGGACAGAAGGGGCUUUGAGACAGCCGCCCGGCUGCCCAGGCUCCCGGCGGGCGCCAGGCAUUGGCACCCAAGGUCACGUCCCAGGAGAUAGGGCCGCCCUCCCGCACAGACGUUCUGGGCUCAUCAUAUAGGCCGGGCAGCCCGGCCUGUCACAGAACCCAGGAUGCGGGGUCUGCCUCUCUGCUGCCUGGCGCUGGUGCUGGCAGCCACGGGGGCUCUGCUGAGGGCCGGGACCCCCAGAGAACAGGUCGCCAGCACCCCAGCCCUGCCCGGGGAGCCGGCCACGGGCACUGGGGGUCUCAUCUUCCGCCAGGACUGGGACUGGCCCCCCCUGGGCAUCUGGCCACCAGGCAGCCCACGGGAACCCCUGGGGUGCCUGGUGACGCUGGGCAAGGGUGGCAAUGGGAGCAGCGUCCCCCUGCGGGUGGUGGGGGCCCUGAGCGGCUACGAGCAGGCCUUUCUGGAGGCCGUGCGGCGUGCCCACUGGGGCCCCCAUGACCUGGCCACCUUCGGGGUCUGCUCCCCCGGCAACAGGCAGGCCACCCUGCCCCCUCUGCAGCAGCUGCAGGCAUGGCUGGGGGAACCCGGGGGGCGGCAGCUGGUGGUCCUGCACCUGGAGGAAGUGACGUGGGAGCCAACGCCCUCGCUGAGGUUCCAGCAGCCGCCACCUGGAGGAGCUGGUCCCCUGGAGCCGGCGCUGCUGGUGCUAUACCCUGGGCCCGGCCCUGAGGUCACUGUCACAGGCGCCGGGCUGCAGGGGGCCCAGGGCCUCUGCCCGUCCCGGGACACCCGCUACCUGGCGCUGGCCGUGGACCGCCCGGCAGGGGCCUGGCGCGGCCCCGGGCUCGCCCUGACCCUGCGGCCCCGCGGAGACGGUGCCCCCCUGCGUACCACCCAGCUGCAGGCGCUGCUGUUCGGCGCCGACCCCCGCUGCUUCACGCGGAUGACCCCGGUCCUGCUCCUGCUGCAGCAGCCCGGGCGCGCGCCCAUGCCCGCGCACGGCCGUCUAGACACGGUGCCCUUCCCGCCGCCCAGGCCGUCCCCGGAGCCCGAGGAGCCGCCGCCCAGCGCCGACCCCUUCCUGGAGACGCUCACGCGCCUGGUGCGCGCGCUGCGGGGUCCCCCGACCCGGGCCUCGCCGCCACGUCUGGCCCUGGACCCGGGCGCGCUGGCCGGCUUCCCGCAGGGCCUGGUCAACCUGUCGGACCCCGCGGCGCUGGAGCGCCUGCUCGAUGGCGAGGAGCCGCUGCUGCUGCUGCUGCCGCCCGCAGGGGCCACCGCCGGGGACCCCGCGCCCCUGCCGGACCCCGCGUCGGCGCCGUGGGCCGCGGGCCUGGCGCGCCGCGUGGCCGCCGAGCUGCAGGCGGCGGCCGCCGAGCUGCGCAGCCUCCCGGGGCUGCCGCCCGCCGCCGAGCCGCUGCUGGCGCGCCUGCUCGAGCUGUGCCCGGGGAACCCGGGCGGCCCCGGCGGCCCGCUGCGCGCGCUGCUGCUGCUGAAGGCGCUCCAGGGCCUGCGCGCCGAGUGGCGCGGGCGGGAGCAGAGCGGGCGGGCGCAGCGCAGCGCGGGGGCCGGGGCCGUCGACGGGCCGUGCUCGCUGCACGAGCUGCGCGUGGACCUGCGCGCCGAGCGCUCGGUGCUCAUCCCGGAGACGUACCAGGCCAACAACUGCCAGGGCGCGUGCGGCUGGCCGCAGUCCGACCGCAACCCGCGCUACGGCAACCACGUGGUGCUGCUGCUUAAGAUGCAGGCCCGGGGCGCCGCCCUGGCGCGCCCGCCCUGCUGCGUGCCCACGGCCUACGCGGGCAAGCUGCUCAUCACCCUGUCCGAGGAGCACAUCCGCGCGCACCAUGUGCCCAACAUGGUGGCCACCGAGUGCGGCUGCCGGUGACCCCCCCGCCGGGCCCCGAGCAGCGCCCUGCCCAUAUUUAUUCGGACCCCAGUCAUCGCCCCAAUAAAGAGCUGCAAGCACCCAGC